GUCAAUUAUUUCUGUGCAGAGAUACCUUUCCCACUGCCCCUCCCAUUCCUCUGCCCGCUAUAUAAGGACUGUACAGCAGGCACCCGCACCACACACUCUGCUGUGACCUGCUCCCUGUAUAGCAUGGCACAUUUCAGACUGGGAGCGGCUGUAUGGCUGUGCGUGGUGGCCGUGGUGCCCUUCGCGACUACCAGCUUCACUCACACCACCGGUAUCGUGCCUGCCAUUCCCCAGAGCCAGGAGCAGUCCCCUCUGAUUGAACUAUGGCGGACGGCACUCAAGUACCAAGAGACCAAGAUAGGUCCCAAGACGUUCCUGGCGCCGCGCCCUAGCGUCUUUAAGAACUGGGUACCGCCAGAACUUUUCCAGCACAGGAACGCGCACAUCCUGAGAGAGGUGCUGAUGGACUACAUGGUGGAGGAGAGAGUGAGCGCCAAUGACAAGAGAAUGAGAGAACCUAAUGGCCUCAGAGUGAUCAACCUCAACGGCAAGCCUCUCGUCUUCAGACGCAACGGUGCAACCAUCACCGUGAAUGGAGUACAAGUGGUCUCUGCCAUCAGUAACAAGGACCACACGGUGUCGUACUACCUGCAGGGGGACCUUUUCGGCCACCGCGGCUUGAUGUCUCAACUCCGCCACCAGAGGUCCGAUCUUACCUUCUAAUGGCUUCAACCAGUACCAAGAGAGUGAAGUAGAUGCGUGUGGCUCAGUACAGCAGGCUUGAGUCUCUGGCAGCCCAAAGUGGUAGCAAGAAACAGACAAUCUGGCGUCACGCUCCCACAGACACUUGACAAUAAAGCAGCAGAACUCUAAA